CCCUUACUGAUAUCACAUCGUUAGAUGACGCUUCGAGUAUAUUAUCGUUUAAUUGAGAUUAUAGCGCGACAGGCAUUAAUAAACAUAGCUCAGAAAUGUUAUUUCUCGAAUGUAUCGUAGGUUUUUCGUAACUGUUGAUAAACGAAACGUCCAGUGUCAAAUUUCUAUCGACGCAUCUCUGAGAUCGACUCCGUUUUCACGUUACGUUAAUACAGUAACAAGGGGCAUGCAGUUUCGUGAUAAAUACGAAUCAAGGGAAAUCCCGUGUCUCGUUAAGAAUGCAGAAGGAAGUAAACGAAAUAGUUGCAAAAUCAUUGCAGAAGGCUUAUGAUCAUGACAGAACUGGAAACGUAGGAAAGGCAUACGCGUAUUAUACGGUCGUAGCAGAGUUAUGUCCAGCGAGAAGGCCAGAAAUCGAAGAAGCUUUUGUUGACGUACUUUGUCAAUGGGGAAUGCAGCUUGCAUGCCAAGAUAGAUUUUCCGAUGUUGUUUUAUGUUAUACGCGUUCCUUAGACAUUUAUCCAAACAAUCCUCGUAUGUUAAAUAAUUUUGCUGCUCAUCUUUUAAGGAAUAAUGAUCCGAUAAAGGCAAUAGAAUAUUUAAAACGAGCCCUGAGAGUGAAUCCCAAUUUUCUGCCAGCAGAAAGAAACUUACAAAAUGCGUUUAGUAUGGCUGUAGAUAGGUGGCACUUCCCAAUGUUAAAUGACAAACAACGGAAUAAUGCAUUUGAGAAUGCCAUACGGAGGAGAAUUUCUCAAGGAUACGACACUGUAUUAGACAUAGGAACUGGUACGGGAUUAUUAAGUUUGUAUGCGCAGAAUGCAGGAGCUAAGAAAAUUUAUGCAUGCGAAUGUUCAACUAUAAUGAUUAAAAUUGCUGAGAAAGUAUUUGAAACUAACAAUGCUAAAGGCAUAAUAUUGCUUCCCAAGUUUUCUAUAGAUCUUACCAUACCUACAGACAUUACAGAAAGAGUGAAAUUAGUCGUUACGGAAACUUUUGAUGCUGGGCUAUUUGGAGAACAUGUGGUACCAUCCAUGAUAAGCGUUCAUAGAAAUAUUUUGGAUAGAAAUGGUACAGUGGUACCUAUGAGCGCGACGCUUUAUGUAGCGGCGGUCGAGUGUGAAUACAUAAGAUAUAGAUCAUCUGUAGUUUUUGAGAAAGUUAAAAAAUUCUGUCCUCUAAAUUUUGAUAAUAUAUCUGUAUUAUUAGAUGACGAAUAUUACGAUACGGAAAAUUUAAAAAAUGUGAAAAUUACGUACAUAACGGAACCUAGAGUUCUUUUCACUGUCAAUUUUAAUGACUUACUGGAUUUGCAACAAUUUAAUGUAGAUGGGGUAAAAAAUAUGAUAAAUGUAAAAUGUAGACACAACGGUACUAUAGAUGGUUUAGUUACUUGGUUUAAAUUGAAUCUCGAUGAAGAAAUAACUAUAGAUACCUCUGAAAGAAAGUCUUGUUGGCAAACUGCUAUUUUCCCGGCACUACCAAAAUUAUUCAUGCAAGGGGACACGAUAAGAAUUAAAGGAGAAAUAUUAAAAAGAAAAUUGAAAUGUUCUUACUCGUCUAACGAUGCCAAAUUUAACGAUUACGAUAAUCGAACAUUUUUAUAUCGCGUACCAAAAGAAGUUAUAACAUUUCUAAAUGACUUUGAAUACAUAAAGUUACUUACAGAAGUUAGUAAAUCACAAGUUAACAAAGAAAUAAGUUGCAUUUUGGAUACUUCUCCUUUUCCGAUUUAUGGAUUAAUGCUAUUAAAGGAGAAUAAAUAUAGUCAAAUUUUAUAUUACAAAACCGACAACACAGUGUUACGUCUUUUCAUACAACAAAUAGCGGAACAAAACGGAUUUAAACAUAAACUAUGUAUCGUGUCGAAGUAUAACCAUAUUAAGGUUUCCUUAGACACUAUAUUUGUGCAUGAUUUUGAUAUUAAAGGGGAAAUGAAAGAUGACGGUCAAGAACAUAAUUACGAAUUUUUUAGAUGUUUACUUAAACCAAAUGGCAUCUUAUUACCUGAACAAAUAUUCCUUAUAGGUCAACUCGUAUAUUCCGAAGAUUUGCCAAAUAUGGUUUAUGUUAAAGAUGAAAAUUUACAAGGAACGUCCGUGCUUGUAUUUAAUACAUCGAGUUCUGAAAAGGUGUACUUAUACGAGCGUGCAAAACCUGACGAUUAUGAAAAUGUACAAAAUACUUUUAGUAAUAUGAAUUCUUAUGAAAUCGCGCAACAUAUUAACGAAUUUAAGAUAAACCAAAUUUUUGACUUAAAUUCAAGUUUAUAUCUACACGAACCUUUAUCCGACGAAGUAAUAGUAAUGGAGAUGAAAGAAAGCGAAGUUGCCGAACGUAUAGUGAACUUCGGAAGAAUAAAUGCCGUCGAUAAUAAACCAUUACCAAAUACCUUGAUUUGUUGGUACAAAAUCAGAUUAACAUUGAAUCUUAAUUAUGAUACAAGAAGAAAUGGAUCGUUUAUGAAUCAUACUGCGAUACUACUGGAAGAUGAAUUGAAAAAUAUUAUUCUACAAGGGAACGAAGUGUGCAUAAAAGUUCAGCAGGCUGAAGGUGUAGUACGUAUAAAAGUCAAAUGAUGCCAACAAUAUCUCAAUAAAUCAUAUAAUUAUUUAUAAACAAAUCUAAAUGUACAUUUGUUUUGCACAUUUUAAUACCACUAUGUAUAUAAAAAUAGAAAUACUAUAAACAAUAACUUUGAUCAGUAAAAUUAUUUUGUAACAAUAAAAUUUUAUAAUUUA